AUGCUGGUCCUCACUUUGGGGCAUUUUUACUCAAGAAUGUGUGUGUGUGUGUGUGUGUGUGUGUGUGUGUUUGUAAAGGGGAAGCAGUGUGUGUAUAUAAACUGAUGUUGAAGCUGAUGUGAUCAUCAUCUGAUUUGAUCGUCAGAGGCUUGAGAGACGAACUCCACUCCUUCAUCUGAGAGUUACUUCAGUGAGACCUCUUCUUUUCAACCAUCAUGUCAAAUCAAACUACAGAAUCAAAGAAUGACUUGGGGCGCUACAACAAGCCGGUGCCGAGGUCCAACCUUGAGGAUACUGAUGAUUCUGAGACUUUUGCAGAAGAUGUCAUACCCCCACCCACUGGCAGAGGAUAUGCACCUGCAGGCGAUUCUCUGUCAGUGCAGAACGUCGACAUGUGUCAGCAGAUUAAUGAACCAAACCACUAUACGGCCUCCUAUGACACCCAAAACCUGGUGGUCCGUCGUGGUCAGGAGUUUGUGAUCAGAGUCACCUUCAACCGCCCACUGGCGCAAGACGACGACUUCCAGGUCGAGUUCCUGAUUGGUUCCAACCCGUCACCCAAUAAGGGGUCCCUGGUGGUAGUGACCUUUGGUGCCCGUCAUGGUGGACCGUGGUCGGGUCAGAUUCUGGAGCAGCAGGGAGAGUCUAUGAUGCUGGGCAUCACGCCAGCACCCAAUGCUAUUGUGGGGAAGUACCGUAUAUACAUGGCCAUCGAGGUUGGCGGCAGCAUGCAGAGAACCAGCAGGGACACCAGCACCGACCUUUAUGUGCUGUUCAACGCCUGGUGUCCAGAGGACACUGUGUUUCUUCCUAAUGAAGCAGAGCGGCAAGAGUACAUCCUGAAUGACUAUGGUGUGAUCUACCAGGGUUCAGUCGGAUCUGUGUCACACCGUGACUGGGUGUAUGGACAGUUUGAGCGCGGUAUUCUAGAUGCCUGUAUUUACAUCCUGGAUGCGUCACGGAUACCGAUCUACGACCGUGGCAGCGUCAUCAAAAUGGUCAGGAUGGGAUCUGCCAUGAUUAACUCUCAGGAUGAUAGGGGCGUGUUAGUUGGGAACUGGAGUGACGAUUACUCGAUGGGCAGGUCCCCGACAUCUUGGACGGGCAGCGUCAAGAUCCUGCUGCAGUAAGCCAACACUGGAGUCCCUGUGUGCUUCGCCCAAUGCUGGGUGUUUGCUGGAGUCUUAAACACCUUCCUACGCGCCAUUGGUAUCCCAUCAAGGGUCAUCACCAACUUCAGCUCAGCUCAUGACAACACAGGCAACCUGAAGACCGACCUCAUCUGCAAGCCUGAUGGCUCACCAGACGAGCGUCACACCAGGGACUCCAUCUGGAACUACCACUGCUGGAAUGAGGUGUUCAUUUCGCGCAAUGAUCUGCCACCUGGACUCGGAGGAUGGCAGGUGGUGGACGCCACGCCCCAGGAGACCAGUGAUGGACAUUAUCGCUGUGGUCCAGCUUCAGUCGCUGCCAUCAAGGAAGGGCUGCUUUGUCACCCGUAUGAUGCUGGAUUUGUCUUUGCUGAGGUGAACAGUGACGUGGUCUUCCACAAGCGGGAUCGCUAUGGGGUUUUGACUCCGUACAGGGUGGAAAAGACUCAUAUUGGACAGGCUGUUUACACCAAGUCUGUGGGCAACAACUCAUAUAAUGACAUCACACACACUUACAAGUUCCCUGAAGGAAGUGCUGAGGACAGCAGGAUUAUGGCUCGGGCGGAGGAGUACGGCUGUAUGAGGGAUCACUCUGAGCUGCCUGAGUCCCAGCUGUCUAUCAUCAUGAAUGCCCCACAGGUAGCACAUUUGUCCACACAUCUGUCUGUCAAUAUUUACAUUCAUCCAUCUGUGUAUCAGUCUAGCAUCCAUCCAUCAACCUUUGUGUACAUGAAUCUGUCCAUCCAUUCAUGUAUUCAUUUAUCAUGCAUCUCUGUCCUCCUGGGUCAAGAUGUGAACCUGCAGGUGGAUUUCCACAGCCAGAGUGAAUACCCCAUGACAGUCCAAACUCACCUGGCCGCGUCCGUCAUCUUCUACACCGGAGUCAGAGCCAGUCACCUGAAAGACCUGACCUUCAACAUCACCGUGCCACCCCAUGGGAUAAAGAGUGAAAUGCUGAAGUUCCCGGCUCAGGAGUACCUGCCUCACCUAGGCUCUCAGCAGUGUUUGCACUUUACUGUGACUGGAACAGCUGACGACCAAUCAGUGACUUCCAUCAAGGUGGUCGAGCUGCAGACUCCGAUGCUCACCCUGACGGUGAGUGGCCAGCCUCAGGUGCAGAAGGAGAUGUUUGUGAUGGUCUCCUUCACCAACCCCUUCAACUUCCCCCUGCAGGAGGUCAACCUGUCCAUGGAGGGAUCAGGACUCAUGAGUGACAGGACACAUUACUACAGUGUCAUUGAUGCUCAGGCUUCGAUCACCUGGACAGAGUCCUUCACCCCUCGGCUGGAGGGACAACGCUGCCUUGUGGCGGUGCUGGACUGCAAGAACCUCCGUCAGGUGAGGGGAUCUGCUCAUGUCCUCAUCAUGCCCUGA